AUGACGAAAAUUCAUCGAAUUCUAUUGUUGCUCGUGUUAUCGUUGAUCAUUGCAAGUGCUUACGGUAAAAAAGACAACAAAAAUCGGCCGGUUGUAACGUACGAUUCGCGCUCGCUAAUUAUCAAUGGGACCCGAGAAUUACUUUUUUCUGGUUCCAUUCAUUAUCCGCGUAGCACACUGGCGAUGUGGCCUGACCUAAUUAGAAAGGCUAAAGAAGGUGGACUAAACUUGAUACAGACUUAUGUGUUUUGGAAUAUUCACGAGCCUGUACAAGGGCAGUUUAAUUUUGAAGGCAAUUAUGAUUUGGUGAAAUUCAUUAAAAUGAUUGGUGAGAAUGGUAUGUGGGUGACCCUCAGGAUUGGACCUUACAUUGAGGCUGAAUGGAAUUUGGGAGGAUUUCCAUAUUGGUUGAAGGAGGUUCCAAACAUCACAUUCCGUUCAUAUAAUGAACCCUUUGUGUACCACAUGAAAAAGUAUGCUGAGAUGGUUAUCAACUUGAUCAAGAAAGAGAAGCUCUUUGCAGACCAAGGAGGCCCAAUUAUAAUGGCCCAGAUUGAGAAUGAAUACAACAAUGUCCAACUCGCAUACAGAGAGGCUGGACAGAACUAUGUAAAGUGGGCUGCAGAUAUGGCUGUGGGCCUACACAAUGGUGUGCCUUGGGUCAUGUGCAAACAAAAGGAUGCUCCUCAGACAGUCAUUAGUACUUGCAAUGGAAGGCAAUGUGGAGACACUUUCCCCGGUCCAAAUGGGCCGAACAAGCCCUCUCUCUGGACUGAGAAUUGGACGGCCCAGUAUAGAGUCUUUGGUGACUCACCUUCUCAGCGGGCAGCUGAGGACAUAGCAUUUGCCGUUGCUCGUUUCUUUGCAAGGAAUGGUACCCUCAAUAACUAUUACAUGUACCAUGGAGGGACCAAUUUCGGGCGAACGAGUUCAUCUUUCGUGACAACACGCUACUAUGAUGAAGCCCCACUUGAUGAAUUCGGUAGAUAA